AUGGCUAUGAAUAUCCCAAAGUCGGGUUUUAAUCGCUUUAUGAAAGAAGGAGCUCAGCAUUUUAAAGGAACAGAGGAGGCAGUACUUCGGAAUAUUGAAGCAUGUGUAGAAUUAGCUUCCCAAUUGAAGUCCGCUUAUGGUCCAAAUGGCAUGAAUAAAAUGGUCAUCAAUCAUAUUGAGAAGCUUUUUGUUACAAAUGAUGCUGCUACUAUCCUUAAAGAGCUCGACAUCCAACAUCCGGCUGCAAAGAUCAUAAUCAUGGCUAGCCAGAUGCAGGAGAAGCAGGUAGGCGACAAUACAAACACUGUAGUGAUACUGGCCGCCGCUCUACUUGAACAUGCUGCUCAGCUCAUCAGCAUGGGCCUCACUCCUCAAGAAGUUGCUGCUGGAUACGAACAAGCGGCUGAUAAAGCCCUCGAAAUUCUUCCAAGCUUGGUCAUCAAAGAGGCAACAGAUUUGAGAGACCUACCAACGGUGAAGAAACUUCUUCGUUCAGCUAUUACCUCCAAGCAGUAUGAUAAUGAAGAAGCCAUCGCUGAUUUGGUGUCCAAGGCUUGUGUGCUCACAGUGCCGAAAAACAGCUUUAAUUUCAACGUUGACAACAUCAGGAUUUGUAAAAUCCUGGGAUCCGGUGUUAGCACAUCGAUGGUUAUGAAUGGAAUGGUUUUCAAACGCGGGGCCGAAGGCGAAGUGAAGAGCGUGCGCGAUGCUCGUAUUGCUGUUUUCACUUGCCCAUUUGAUCUGACUCAGACAGAAACCAAGGGUACUGUUCUCAUAGAGAAUGCUGAAGAGCUUAUGGGUUUUGCAAAGGGAGAAGAAAGCGAGGUUGAAAGUCAAGUCAAAGCACUCUCGGAUAACGGAGUCCAGGUUGUUGUUGCUGCUGGAAAGUUCGGUGAUUUAUAUUUGCAUUUCCUCAACAAAUAUAAAAUCAUGGGGGUUAGGUUAACAUCGAAAUUCGACUUACGCCGUUUGUGUCGAGCUGUGGGUGCACAAGCACAAGCAAGAAUCUGUGCUCCUCCUGUUAAUUUGCUUGGUACUUGUGACUCGGUUCGUGUAAGAGAAAUUGGUGAUGAGAACGUAGUGGUUUUUGAUAACAAGGGCGAACGAGGGAAUGUAGCGACCAUCAUUAUUCGUGGUUCAAGCCAGUCUCGCAUAGAUGAUGUUGAGCGAGCCAUCGAUGAUGCUGUCAACACUUAUAAAUGCCUUACGAAAGACUGCAAGCUUCUUCCUGGUGCUGGGGCUGUUGAAAUAGAAUUAGCCCGCCAAGUGGAAUCAUUUGGUGAAAAGUGCUCAGGGCUUGAACAGUAUGCCAUCAAGAAGUUUGCAUACGCGCUCGAAACUCUGCCAAAAUGUCUAGCUGAGAAUGCUGGCAUCAACGCGACCGAUAUCCUCACUAAACUCAACGCCGCUCAUGAAUCGGGGCAGCAGAAUGCUGGCAUUGACAUUUGGAAACAUGAAAUAAUGGAUGCCGGAGAGAACUCUAUCUACGAUUUAUUUGCCGGUAAACAUCUUGCUAUAAAACUUGCUGUUGAUGCCGCUGCUACAAUUCUCAAGGUUGACCAGAUUAUAAUAGCCAAACAAGCCACAGGUGGACCCAAACCUCGUGGACCGAAGCCGCAAGACGAAGACGAAGAAGGAAUGGCCUAA